UACUUGGAAGAAAGAAAAGCAAAAUAAAAAUUUUAAUAAAAGUUUAGGAAAAGGUUGACAUGUUCUUCCCCGCUCUGCGCUUGCUCUCUUCUCUCUCACAACCAAAGUCGUACUAUUACAUCCCUCAGGACGUUUUGUUUGUAACUCAUGGAGCGGUUGACAUCUCCUCCUCGUCUCAUGAUAGUCUCAGAUCUUGAUGAUACAAUGGUUGAACAUCGCAAUGAUAAUGAUAAUCACUCUUUGUUGAGGUUCAACUCAUUGUGGGAGGAAGCUUAUCGCCAUGACUCUCUUCUUGUUUUCUCAACGGGAAGAGCAAAAACAAUGUACAAGAAACUGAGGAAAGAGAGACCAUUGUUAACUCCUGAUGUUAUCGUUACAUCCGUAGGAACUGAGAUAUCAUAUGGUAAAUCAAUGGUUCCCGAUGAGAACUGGGUUGAGAUCAUGAACAAUAAAUGGAACCGAGGAAUUGUCGAAGAAGAAACCAGCAAGUUCCCUGAGUUAACUCUUCAGGCAGAAACUGAGCAGAUGCCUCACAAGCUUAGCUUUCACGUUGACAAAAGUAAAGUCAAGGAAGUAACCAAGGAGCUAUAUCAACGGUUGGAGAAACGCGGGUUGGAGAUCAAAAUAAUCUUCAGUGGAGGAAUAGCUCUAGAUGUUUUGCCAAAAGGUGGAGGAAAAGGACAAGCUCUUGCUUAUCUUCUAAAGAAGCUCAAUACUGAAGGGAAACUUCCUCUUAAUACUCUUGUUUGUGGUGACUCCGGAAACGAUACUGAACUAUUUACUAUUCCUAAUGUCUAUGGUGUCAUGGUAAGCAAUGCACGAGAAGAGUUGUUGGAGUGGUAUGCUGAAAACGGGAAAGACAAUUCGAACAUAAUCCAUGCGAGUGAGAGGUGUGCGGGUGGGAUUAUAGAAGCGAUAGGCCAUUUUAAGCUCGGCCCCAAACUUUCUCUGAGAGAUGUGUCUGACUUCUUGCAGUGCAAGUCGGAUAAUGUGAACCCGGGUCAUGCAGUUGUGGAGUUUUUCUUGUUCUAUGAGAGAUGGAGACGAGGUGAAAUUGAGAAUUGUGAAGCAUACACAAAAAGUCUUAAAGCUUCAUGUGAUCCUGCUGGUGUCAUUGUUCAUCCAUCUGGUGCUGAAAAAUCACUCAGAGACACUAUUGACGAGCUUGGGAAGUACCAUGGGGACAAAAAAGACAAGAAGUUCCGGGUUUGGACAGAUCAGGUUCUGGCAACAGAAACUACUCAUGGGACUUGGAUUGUAAAGCUUAAUAAAUGGGAACAAACUGGGAAUGAAAGGAAAUGCUGCACAACAACCGUCAAAUUCACCUCAAAGGAAAAUGAAGGGUUUGUGUGGGAAAAUGUGCAGCAAACAUGGUCGGAAGAAUCAGAGGUGAAAGAUGAUAGCAACUGGAUAAUCUGAACUGCUAUUAUCUUUUUGGCUUUUACCAUAUAGCAUCUUAUUAUUGGUUGAAUAAAACUUGCAUUCAAAAGUGCCAUUUUAUGCGUUUUGGAGUCACCUAUGUAUUGCCAUAAAAUAAAAUAAAAACAUGUAUUAUGGUUCGUUCGGUACACUAUAUUCCAAAAUCUUACAAUUCUAUGAUUUCAUAAUGUUACUUUUUUUUUUGGUGUAAAUAUUAAAUUUUAUACCAAAUUUUCAUUUGUGACAGAAGUUACAAAGAUAACAAGUAGCGGAAAGAAAACAAACCUAAUGCAACAACAAGGGGGAAAGAAGAAGCAAUGCCAAUGAUUUACGGACAAUAACAAUACUAAAUCGAAGGAACACUAGCUUAGGAAGCGCUGAAACUAGGCACAGGAAGCAUUGCCACACGAGAAGAAGCCUUUGAUAUAACAUGAGACCACGCCUUGGUAGAAAUCGGCUUGUCCGCAGCGCUGCUCCAAAUGAUUGACUUCAAAUACGCGCAGCUUCGCCAAUCCUAGCCGCUGCAGCCACGAGUCUCGAACAACCACCGGAAGACGAAAACCCGAGCUCCUAGAGCUUCAAGUCGCAACCCGCCCUAGUAAACCUUAGAGCGCCAUCUGGUUAGUCCGAGCCACCACUGAAGAUCACUUUUAUUGUACUCGACUUCGGAAGUAACACGAGUCACAGCAGAAACACGGGAGUGGUGAGAGCCACAUCUUGAUGACGUUCAUCCUUCCUACAAAGUAGACCGAAGAUCAGCCCACCAAAGUGAUCCAAGCGAAUCACCGAGGUGCUGGGAAGACCAAUCCUCACACAAGUCUCCCACGGAAAGACCUCACUCCAAUGACCCAAAGGAGAUCCGAACAAGCCGCCUUGCGCUACAACUGAGAACCAGAAGCAGCUCCACAAAGCCUCAACAACGUAACAACACGGAGGGAGAUCCGAACCAUUACCUGUCGAGCCAGAAGGAAUGAAAACACCAUGCCUCACAUCGACACACACAACAUCAAGAGCGGCGACAACUCAGUGGGGAUAGAUGGAGCAACAAGCGACAAUGUCCACGGCAAAGUCACAUACGACUCACCACAAGACGAAAGACGGUUGUUGCACGCAAAACACGCAGCAGCUACGGCCGUCACACGAAAGCUUUCACCACGACGGUCGCGUACUGGAGAAUUCCAGACCCAAAUUUGUCCGGAGAAAGUGAGUGACUCAUCGAACUCGACACCGAGCAGGUGAGCCAACACGCCUACGGACAGGACCUUCACGUACCCGGAGCUUGACGCCAAACCACCAGAUCUGAAGAGAAAACCGACCCACGCUCAGCCACGCGCCCCCACCGCCGCAGGGGAAGAGAUCUGACGAAGUAAAACCGCGACCAAACCCCUCUACGCAACCCUAAACUCCGACUUCUCACCGAAUCCAGUCAACCCAACCUCGUCGUGACACCAUCCUCCGCCAUAAACCGCCGGAUCUACAAGAACCACCAAGUCUCUCGACAUCAUCGAACAGAGCCACAGACAUAUCAGAUAGGAAUAUGAAACCAGCGAAGAAGCAAACAAAACAAAAAACAACUGGCGCCUCCGACGGCGGAGCCGCCGGAGCAAACUGUCGGUGAAGUGUUUGAAGC